GAGGAAAUAAAGGAUCACAAGAUCAUAGUUUGGGAAAUUUUUGAUAAAUACCAAAAUCCAUUAAAAAAAAAGAGAGAGAGAGAGAGAGAGAGAGAAAAUGGAUCCAACCUUGUACAAUGCUGCGGUGGAAGGCAAUACCAACGAUGGUGAUUUUUCACUUACUGAAUAUCUGAAAAGGGAUGAAGAAAAUGGGUACCAAGUCACUCCAAAGGGAAACACUGUCGUCCACGUGGCAGCCCUUUGUUCCCACUCCAAUUUCGUGGGAGAAGUCCUUAAGAUUACUCCGGCGUUGUUAUGCUGUCAGAACAAGAGAAAUGAGACUGCACUUCACAUAGCAGCUAAUGAAGGCCACACUGAAGUAGUCCACGUGCUACUUCACAUAGCUAGUGAGGAGAAUUAUAAGGAGACACUCAUGAGGAUGGCAAAUGAGAAUGGAGAUACAGCCCUGCACAAGGCCGUGAGGAGUGAACAUGUUGAUGUUGUCAAGAUCUUGGUGAAAGAAGAGGAUCCUGAAUAUGAAUAUCCGGCAAACAAGGCAGGGGAGACACCACUUUAUCUGGCAGCUGAGUCUGGUUUUAUUCAUAUUCUACGUGAAAUCUUGGAAUCAUGCAAGAACCCAAAUUAUGCUGCAGGUCCAUUUGGUCGAACACCUCUUCACGCAGCAGUUGUUCACGAACACUUGGAUUGCGCAAGAUUACUAAGGCAAUGGAACAAUUCUUUAUGUGAGGAACCAGACAAAUGGGGUUGGAAUCCACUGCAUUAUGCUAUUAAACUAGGAUUGAAAGAAGUAGUUUCUGAUAUGUUGGGAUGGAAGAAAUCCUUAGCCUACCUUCGAACAGGCAGUGAAAAUGACUGGACGACAGCAAUUCACAUUGCAGCCGGUGAAGUUGAUACCUUAUCUGUUACAAACAUGCUAAGUGAGCUAUUACAGCACUGCCCUGAUUGUUGGGAAAUGCUUAACAGCAGGGGCCAAAAUGCUCUUCAUGUAGCCGUAAUGAACGGACAGGCAGCGUUACUUCUUACCUUGUUGAAGAAUUGGGGUAGCCUUGUCGAUGAGCCUGAUAAUGAUGGCAACACUCCUAUGCAUUUGCUUGCCUCUGGAAAGUACUUUAAUAAGGACGAUAUUCUUCAGCGUAAGCAUUAUAGGAACUGUGUGCCUUAUAAGUUAAUACUCCAUCCCAAAGCAAAGAAAAUGACAUUUAACAAAGAUAACCAAACUCCGCUUGAUAUAUUUUCUCGCGCGGUCACACAGAAUUCAAAACGGGAGGAGAAGUAUAAGGAGAAGUACGAUAAGGAGGAGUACGAUAACCUGUACCCUUUUCACCGUGGUCAAUUUGGACGACGUAGCUUCAAGAUAAAUCGCAGGAGCAAGAGGAACUCAUCAUAUGGCGCGGCAUCAAAACAAGUAGGUCACUAAUGACGAUGAAUUAUUGAAAAGUGAAAGCAAAUAUAUAAUGUAGAUAGCUCAAAUGCAUCUAGUUUUUCCAAAACAAGCUGAUAAUUCUUUUGAUAGUAGAAGCUUCUCCAAAAGAAGAUGAGCAAAGGAGGAAGAAGAAGACGACGACGUUUAUAACUCUUGUAUAAAUAAUCAUGUUUUAAUGGUUACUUCUUCGAUAUAACUUAUAAUUUUGGAGAAGAUCAGCAAAGGAGGAAGAAGAAGACGACGUUUAUAAUUCUUGUAUAAAUAAUCAUGUUUUAAUGGUUACUUCUUCUAUAGUUUUAACUUAUAA